AUGGCUGACCCUGUUGUCUCUGUUGUUAUUGAGAGAACUAGCAAUCUGCUGAUUCAAAAAAUCGUUUUCCUGAAAGGCGUUCGACGACAAGUUGAGAGACUUCAAAAUGAUCUGGUCCGGAUGCGGUGUUUCCUGAACGAUGCUGAUCAGAGGCAAGAUGAAGAUGAGAGGAUCCGCAACUGGGUUUCUGAAAUCAGAGCUGCGGCCUACGAUGCGGAGGAUAUCAUUGAGAUCUUUGCCAGCAAAGUUGAGUUCUUCACAAAGGACAAGGGACUCGUCACCAAAUUGACGUAUUAUCCCUUGAAAAUUGUGAGCCUCAACAAGAUCGGUAAAGAGAUUGAGUCCUUACGGAUGAGGCUCAAGGAGAUUGCUGACAGCCGCGAAGAGUAUGGUAUCAAAAAUCUUAGAGAGGGGAUGACUACACAUGGAGAAGAGCUUCAACGGAUCAGGCGAUCCUCUCCUCUCAACGAGGACAAGGAUAUAGUGGGCUUCGGGGAGAUAACAAAAUCGCUGGUGUCAGAACUUUUGAAAGGGGGCAAAAACCGCCGUGUGGUUUCGAUCAUUGGCAUGGGAGGUGCUGGUAAGACAACUCUAGCCAAAAAAGUUUAUAACCAUGCUGACGUCAGGACAAGAUUCAACUGCCGUGCUUGGGUAUGCGUCUCUUCAAGCUACAAUCACAAAGAGACGCUGAGGACAAUCAUAAAGCAAUUAAAUCCGAUGACUAAUGAGCUACUUGACAUGUUGGAAAGGAUGCAGGAGCAGGACUUGGAAGAAAGGCUGUAUAAAGAUCUACAAGAUAAGCGUUAUCUUGUGGUACUUGAUGAUGUAUGGAAGGAAGCAGCGUGGGAUUGUCUAGCCACGAGGGCCUUUCCUGAUGGUAGUACAUCAAGUAGAUUGCUACUUACAAGUCGCAACUUGGAUGUUGCCGUACACGCAGAUGCUCUUAGCAAACCACAUGAGUUGAAAACUUUGGGGGAGGAAGACAGCUGGCAGUUGUUUCUCAAAAAGGCCUUAGUCCAUGAAGCUAAUGCUGUGUGUCCUCCAGAUUUGGAAGAAGUAGGUAGAGAGAUUGUAAGGAGAUGUGCUGGUCUGCCACUGGCCAUCACAGUUAUAGGUGGCCUGCUACUGGGCAAGAAAGAGUUGAAGAGUGAAUGGGAGAAAGUUCUCAGCAACUUUAGCACAUACCUAUCAAGGAGCCAGAACGGAGUAUCAGCAAUUCUGGAAUUAAGUUAUGCAGAUCUUCCUGCCAAUCUGAAAUUUUGCUUUUUGUAUUUGGGUUUGUUUCCCGAAGACUCUGUGAUUUCUGUGCGCAAGUUGAUCCAUAUGUGGGUUGCAGAGGGAAUAAUGCAGAAAAGAGAUGCAGAAAAUUUGGAGGAAACUGCAGCAUAUGAUGAUGUGGAACGACUUUGUCGCAGAAAUAUGGUCCAAGUGGCGGAAAUGACUAUUGAUGAGAGAAUUAAAAGCUGCAGAGUCCAUGAUUUGCUGCGAGACGUUGCAAUCAGAAAGGCAGAGGAUGAAAAUUUUUUUCAGAUCCAUGACACCAGAGAUGAUAAAAUAUCAGCCAAAUCCAGGUACCUUGCUGUUCAUACUCUCUCUCGGGAUAAAAAUUAUUUUGGGUCUUCAACCCCUCCUCUUCGGUCUCUACUUUUUUUCAAUAUCCGCCGUUACGGGGAAGACAUUAGUCUUAGCUUCAAAAGUUUCAGAAAGCUUAGGAUAGUGGACCUUGAGAAUGUUGAGAUGGGUUAUGAUUUGCCAGAAGGAAUUGGUGAAUUCAGGCUUCUAAGGUACCUCGGUUUAAGACGCACAUCCAUUGAAAGGCUCCCUCAUUCCUUCGGUUUUUUGCGAAACCUACAAACUCUUGACAUACGGAACAUUAACCGAGUGAUAGUUUCAAAUUUCAUUUGGAAACUUGAAAGUUUACGGCAUCUACACGCUUAUGAUAUAAUGAGUAAUGUGCCUCUUAAAAUUGAAGGAUUGAGGAAUCUCCAAACUCUGUCGCGCAUACACUUUGAUCACAUUAUGCACAAUGACAUGACAACUUUGACAAGUCUUCAGAAACUGGGGAUUUGGGUGGAUGGAACAUCAGAGAUAGACAAACUCUGCACGCAUUUAUCUGAGGUUGGAAGCCUAAAGACGUUACAUCUUUAUUGUCUCGAGCAGCCACAGUCUCUAGCUGGACUUUCUAAGCUCCAUCAUGUAACAGCGCUCAAGCUAUUCGGGAGGGGUUUGAGAACGCUGCCUCCUGAUUUCCCUCCAAAUCUCUCUCGCUUGUCUUUGAAAGAAACACGACUCGGGGCUGACCCAAUGCCAGUACUAGAGAAGUUGGGACAGCUGUCGUUCCUCAAAAUGAAAGAUGCAUAUGAGGGAUCACAGCAUAUGGUCAUUUCUAGGAAUGGGUUUCACCGAUUGAAAUUCCUUGAGCUCAGAUACCUAAGAGUGGAUGAAAUAAAGGUGGAGGAAGGUGCAUUGCGACGGCUCCAGUGCCUGAGAAUCAGGGAGUGCUACAGAUUAGAAAAGUUGCCGGAAGAGCUGAAGCACAUAUCUACUCUUGAUAAGCUUGAGCUUGUGGACAUGCCAAAAGAUUUUAUCAGAAGGCUUGAUGCGGACAUGGUGUCCAGUGUCCCUAGCUUCAGCAUAUUUUGA